AUGACAGAACUGCGAAAGUUGUAUCUGUCGUACAAUCUUCUUGAAACAAUAAACGAACGCAUGCUGUUUGGCCUGUCUGCCUUAAAUGAGCUGCACUUGGACAACAACAUGAUAAGGGAAAUCGCUCCUAACUCUUUCCAUAACAUGAGCAACCUAGAGAAAUUAAAUCUGUCAGGCAACAUGUUAACUUCAAUAGAAAAGAGUUUGUUCAAGACUGAACUUCGCAUAACACAUUUGAUAAUUGAUAAUGCACAGGUGAGCGAAAUUGAAGAUGGAGCCUUCGAUGCUUUGACUUACCUUGACACACUGAGCUUGAGGGGUAACGAUCUCUAUGAACUUAAUGGAGGAUACCUCAAACUUAGCCAACUUAGAAAUCUUGACCUCAGCAAUAACAACUUCCAGGCUGUCGGUUCAUCGGCCCUGAUUGACCUUCCUUUCCUUGAAACCCUUGACCUGAGUGAAUGCUCCAUCGAGGCAGUGCCAAAGAACUUCUUCGACAACAGCAAAACCCUGAGGUCUCUGAGCCUGCGUGGGAACAAUUUAACACACCUGGAGCCUCUUGUGUUUAGGAGCCUUUUUGACCUCCUCAGACUGGACAUUUCUUAUAAUGCUCUCGACGGCCAAAGCUGCAGGUCACUGCUGCCGAUUAAGGAGCUUGAGCAGCUCUCCAUAAGCGGAAACCCCAUCAAGCAUCUCUGCCCCUCCUUAGGACUUUUGCAGAUGACGGAUCUGAAGGUCUCCACGAUGGAAAGUCUGCGGCACAUCGAAGUCCUCGACAUCUCCGACAACCACCUCACCCACCUACCCAUCGGCAGCUUGCAGGACUCGUCCCUCAGGCGCCUCAACCUGGCAGGCAACAAACUCAAGCAGAUCCCAGACACCCUCUUCGUCGACGGCGUCUCGUCCCUCGAGCUCCUCAACAUCUCCAACAACCCUCUGGACAGACUCGUCAACAAGCAGGUAGGGAAGCGCCUGGUGCUGGACUUCCUCGAAGAACUGGUCGCGACGGGGACCAAGCUGAAGGAGCUGGCGAGCCACGAGCUGCUGCACAUGCCCUCUCUCCGCUCCCUCAACCUGGCCAACGGAACCAUCAGCAACAUCGCCCCGGGGACCUUCCGGACGCUCAACCAGCUCUCUCAGCUCAACCUCGGCUACAACCUUCUGCAGACGAUGCCCCGAGAGAGGCUGCGGGGCCUUCCUUCCCUCACGCACCUGAACCUCACGAGAAACAGGCUUAAGCAGCUCGACCAGUUCCCGUCGGAUUCCAGGAGCAUGAAGGUCUUGGACGUCUCGGGGAACAUGCUCACUGAGAUCGAGGAGCACGUCUUCAGGCACACGGAGAGCCUCGAGAAGAUCUACCUCGGGGAUAACUGGAUAACGUCUAUUCACCCUCGAGCCCUGGAGCCCCUGGAUCGCGCCAGGCAUCUGGACUUGAAUCACAACAACUUGGAGGUUCUUCAGCCUUUCGUCCUGCAUCCUAUCGAGAGGACUUUGGAGACCAUUAAGCUUACGGGCAACCCUCUCGUAUGCAACUGCGACACCCUGGACUUGUGGAUAUGGCUCCAGAACCACCCGGGGCAGGUCGAAUCCCCACACCUCAUCGUCUGCGAAAUGCCCGAGACUCUGCGAGGCCAUUCGUUCCUCACUCUCUCGGCGUCCGUGUUUUGCCCUCAGCCUCUAAUCCUCAACAUGGACAUCCAGGACACGCAGAGCCAGGCGCUGCUGGUGUCCUGGCAGGCGGCCAACACCUCGGCUGUGUAUGGAUUCAGGGUGUCUUACAAAGCAAUAGGAGACGACAAGGCACCUCAGGAUGUCAUAACUUCCCCAACCCUCGGCCUAGGAUCCCGGGAAUACCUCCUAGAAGACCUGGAACCUAGUACCGAGUACCAGGUGUGCGUGCAUGGGAUGGCCAAGUCCCUGGGACUCGUCCACCCUCACACUGUGGGCCCGACGGCUGAAAGUCUGCGAGAUCACGAACGAGGGCUCCCGCUGCAUCCGCGGCCGCACCAUGUGGCCGGCGUCGGCCAUCGUGGCGGUGGAGCGCGUGGGCACGGUGCUCGGCGCGCUGAUCGCACGGCGGUGCUGGUGGGCAUCUUCGUGAUGUUCGUGCGGUACCGCGUGUGCCGCCGCCCCAGCGAGAAGGGCGCGGUGGGCCACGGCGUGAAGCCCAACGGCGCCCCGCCAGACUACUACAGCCACCACCACCACUUCCCGAAGGUGCACCGCGACGACGAGUUCGCCUGCUAG